AGAAGGGGGGGGAGGGGAGAGGGGGGUGGGGUCGGGUCGACGGGAGGGGCCACGACUGGAGCAGCGAGGGAGGGAGGGAGGGUCCAGCGUUGCGACUGGACUGGUGCACUGGAGUUGAUCAUGCUGCAGGCUGGGGCUGGGGCUGUUUGCUUGCUGGCCCGGUGGCAGCACCAGCACCAGCAGCGACAUACAUGAGCCAGGUUGCAUCAUGAGCCUCAAGAGUGUAGUUCACGAGAUGUAGGCCGCAGCAGCCUCGUGUGUGUCAUGUCUCACUCUCUCUCUCUCUCGCUCCACUUCCACUCGUCCGUCUCUUCGCGCGUCGGUUGACCCGACUCGAUUCCCUCCCUCCCUCCGCCUUACCGCAGCAGCAGCAGCGCUCAUAGCCUCUCGAGACUUGCCACCGGACGUUAGGACAGCACUGCGGCCCUCUGCCUGCCUGCAGACCGGAGUCACCAGUCAUGGGCCUCUGUGCCGGGAUCCCACCCACAUGCCCGUCCAUCCUCACGGACGGGGUCUGCAGCUUUCUCCAAGGCUGGAAAGAUCUCUCAGAGCCCACUUGCAUGGUCGCCGAUUUCCAACCUCCUCCGUCACUCCUUCCUCGAUGUGAUGUGUACAUCUGGACGUGGAAUGUGAGCUGCGUGGUGUUUCUGCUCCUGCACUGCGUAUGAGUCUUCUGCGUUGAGGCAAAAGGCCGCUCCUGCAUGUGCUCCCCUUAAUACAAAUUCACUUUCC